AUGUGGCACGAAGCGAGGAAACAAGAGAGGAUGAUUCGCGGUAUGAUUGUUGACUAUCGACGAAGGGCGGAGCGCCGCAAAGAUUUCUAUGAAAAAAUUAAAGCAGAACCAACUCAAUUUUUGCAACUUCACGGUCGACCAUGUAAGGUUCACUUAGAUCCAGCCAUCGCUGCAGCAGGAGAGGGGCCAGCUAUUAUGAUGCCAUGGCAAGGUGAUACAACAAAUAUGAUAGAUCGAUUUGAUGUCAGAGCCCACUUGGAUUAUAUUCCUGAAGUGCAAUAUCCAGAUAUUCCACCUGAAGAGUUAAGUACAGAAGAGAGACAAUGUAACUAUGAAAGAUACAGGAUUCUUGCUCAGAAUGUCUUUCUGGGUAUAAGUGAAGACAAGUUUCUACAACAGUUAGCAAUAGAAGAACAGUUUGGUGUUACAAUUGAAGAAAAAGAAACGCAAAAAGAAAAACUUCAUGAAAAGAAAGGAACAGGCGCUGCUAUAGCAUACAAUUAUAGUGAUCCAGGAGCCCAACCCUCUAGUUCUAACGGCCCUGAGACUAAAAAAGUGGAACAAAAGGAAGAUCAGAAAGAUUCAGAUGAUGAUUCUGAUUUGGAGAUCAUUGACGUGGACUUAAGCAUAGAUGUAAACAAAAUGGAAGCAUCACAGGCUCAUGAGUUGAAUGCAGUGGGGCCACAGUUCGGCAUGGCAGGCUGCGAUUUGUUUUCAUUUCUCACUGGGGAUGCUGAUGAUGCAGAACACCAAAAACAAUUAUUGAGAGAGGAAAAAGAAAAGGCUAUGUUUUCUGGACGAAAAAGCAGAAGAGAAAGACGAGCUCAUAGAGAUAAAAAGUUGGCAACACGAAUUGUAAGUCCACCGAGUUAUGCUGCUCCAUCAUCUUUACCUAUUCGGUCCCCAAGUCGAUCACCAAGCCGAAGUCCCUCACCAGAAACAGGGGAUAAAAUUGAGUUCAUCACAUCUUUUGGUGGUGAAGAAGAAGAGGUCAAACCUCCACUAUCUGGAAGGCCUUUAUAUGCUGACAAAGUAAAGCAAAAUUUGAAGAUGUUGUAUGCUGAUGUAGCUAGAAAACCACAUGGACGGUCGCCACAAACCCACGAUAGACGGUCUCGACCUCAAAUCGGACCUCGCGGGCCGCACUCAAGGUCCAGGUCAUAUUCACGAUCCCGUUCAAGAUCUCGCUCAAGAUCCAGAUCUAGAUCGCGCUCAUGGAGAAAGUCACGCUCUCCGAGAUCGCGUUCAGUUUCUUCUAGGUCGCGGUCAAAAUCCUACAGCCCCGUUUAUAGAAAGACAAGGUCAAGGACACGGUCAAGGUCACGUAACCGUAGAAACAGAUAUUCUCGAAGUCCUACAAGUCAUGCUAGUGCCUAUGCAAAGCAUAAUAACUCCAGGUUGAUGUCUUCGGAAAGUAGCGACAAGCAUCGCGACAGCAAACCCUCUGUGCCGCGAUACUAUGGGCGACGCAAGGAAGACCAGUCUUCCAGUGAACUCUCUGUGGACUCCGAGUCUGAUGAUUCGGCCGAGGACCCGAAAAACAAAACGGCGGUUGGCAAUAAACCCAAUACAAACCAGAAUCAGUUACGAUUAUCUGGAUCCAGCUCCAAAGGACCGUCGCGUGAGACGAUAUCUCUAAAAGAAAAACUGAAGAGGAAGAUGCAAGCACAGUUAUCAAGGCAGCUGCGAGCGGACAAGCGCGCGGAGGCGGAGCGCCUGGAGCGCGAGAGCCGGCGCCAGGCGCGCCGGGACGAGGAGAUGAGGGAGUUGGCCAUCAAACUGAGACGCAAGCAGCGUGAAAUGCGACACCAGCAGAAUAGAAGAUCCAGCGAUGACGACUCGGAUAGAAGCCAUAGCCGGUCGUCUUCCAGGGAUUCACAAUCACAAGAGAAGAAACGAGAUGAGAAGAGUAGAUCAAGAAGUGCAUCUCCUCCACCAGAAAAGAGAAUACCUAUAUGGGAAAGCAAUCGCGAGCCGUCGACAUCACAUAGGCCGCCUAGACCUGUCGAAUAUGGCGAAAAUUCGCACUUUCUAGAACCUCGAAAACGUUUUCAUAACACUGAAGAUGAUAGACGAAAUGAAGAGGAGAGGCCCCAGAACUAUCCAAACAGAUACGAUAAGUAUCCAAGUCGUGAUCAAAGUAGUCGCCACGAAAGUUACAGUAGGCUGCAAAGUCAGGGCUAUGAUAGUAGGUGGAGAGAUGAUAGCCAUAACUCAGGACGGAGGAGACCUUUUGGCCAUAGAGGCGGUUACAAGAGCCAUGGGUUCAGGCAUUCAGAGCACAACAGUAGCCCGACACAUGAUUUCGAUUUAGAUUCGCAAGAACCUUUUUCCAAAAACAAAGUGAAACUGGUAGACUACUAG